AUGUCGAUGACACAUCCACCACCUUAUAUUCACACACAUCAUCCUCGACGUGGUUCUCUCACUCCGAUAGGAUUACAUGUCAUCUCACCCGUUCCACCAGCAGUCGCCACUCCUUAUGGUCCAGUCUUCACUUCCAUUUCACCGAUAAGAAAUGUAGUUUUCAGUCCACCAGGUCUUCCGAUGGAAAUGAGUCCGUCACCUGGGAGAAGAGAAUCCACCACAAGUUCAAAUUCUACUCUCACUCAAACACGACCUUUCAUUUCUACACCACAACCCUUCUCUCCUCCAUGUAACAGAGAGAGAAGAAGAUCUUCUCUUUUCCCAACAGCACCAAGUCCUUCCAGUUAUACUCCUUAUCCUCUCGGAUUUGAUGCUCAACCUCGUCGCGCAUCCCUUACUCCUUCAAUUCCCAAGCUUGUCCCACCAUCGCAAACCCCCGCACAUGCCAAAGGACGCGUCAACUUACGACCGACCAGUAGUGACGGCAACGAGGGUCGUGUAGGACAAGCAAGGAACUCGAAAGCCUUAAACCCUCUUACUGGCGAGAAAUUGGAAGACGAGUUUGGUCGUCGUGGUAGUUUACCACAAUUGCAUUUACAUCAUGGCACGUGGAGCGGACCCCCUCAGAGAAUCUGGAAUCCCUCGCUCGCACCUCAACGCGGAAGCUUCGGUGAUGAAGGAGCUUUACCAAACGAAGAUUAUAAAUUCGGGAGUAUUCCUCAUGAACCUUCUGCCGCUACCGCUGCUCUCAGAGCUAUCGCACCUACCAAAUCAAGAGGACCAAGAGCUCAAGACGUCUUUCAACAGACAGAGGAAGCAGAAGCAGAGAGACAACGUAAAGCUUUUAUCGCGGCCACGUUCGGAGAUGAUGGAAGAAGAGCGAGGGCUAGGUUGAGCCUGGGUGGAUCACAUCACACUUCAUCAGGGGGAAGUCCGGGUAGUCCACGGAGACCAAGUUUGAUGUUAUGGGAACGACUCGGUAUGGUUUCCCUCAAAGGAACUGAGGAAGGAUCGGUUUCCGCACCGGCUAUCAACCUCAUAGCUCCUCCCGAUCCGCCGCCGGAGGAAAUGAUACCAAGACGAGGCAGUUUACCAAUCGCCAUACCGAUCAUGGGUGGGAAUAUCGGAAGGAAUAAUUCCAGACGUUCAGCAAGAGCACAGGAGAUGGACAUCUCACGAACAUCACCUGGGGAGAGUGAUGCGGAAGACGAAGAGACGCCAGAUUCGGAAGAAAUGUUAAGGGAUGAGAAUGACUCGUCGAAUAAUCUGACACGACCAUUACCUCCUUUACUUCCCCUUUCCGACCCUGGUCCUCGUCAUCUUCCAUCCACGUUAGCGCUUCACAGAGCAACCCACCUUUUACAUUCACGAAAUCUUCAAUCUGUUCCUCUGCCACAUCCUCUCCCACCAUCACUUCAUCCUCCCGCUCCUGUCGAUCUGACGGAAUUCGACAUCGAUUUCAUCCUGGCUGGAUCUCUGUCACAACUAGGUGACGAAACGCAAAUGAAUCAACCAGUCGACAUCCUGCAUCCUCGCGAACCUUUGGCCGAAAUGCCUACUCCGACCUUGAAACUAGGAGCCGACGAAGAAGAUAGUUUCGCCCGAUUUGUAGGUAAAUUCGACGAUGAAUAUGGAGAUCGAAGAGGAGAAUGGACAUUCAGAAUAUGUUCUUCUCCUCCUGAUUCCUUUCAUUUCACAUCUCUCGAUCCUGCCGAUCCCCAAACCAAAACUAUCAGAUCAGAAUGGGAAGCUCCCAGUGCUGGGAAAUAUCAACUUUUCUCUAAUGGAGAAGUCCGUUCUAUCCAGACUGGAUCCAUUUGGCGUGUGCGAAGGACUCAAAGUAGGGAAUACGAACUGGAACAAAUUCAACGUGGUGUCGUUCCUGUUCAAAAUACCUCCAUUCUGACGGCCAUCAGACCGACGAUUAUCGUCUCGAACGACGGGUACGUUCUGACAGGAAAAGCGACACAUAAAGAAUAUGGAGGAGCUAAAUCUCGAACUUUCACCAGAGAUUCAAUGGAGUAUCCUUUCAACAAUAUCCGUUCUCACCCCAAUACCGGAUCACCAGGACGGUUGAGAGUGAGUAUAUCGGAAGCUUCUCCUUCUGGACGAACAAACAGAAUCGGGUCGACAGAUUACACUUUGGGUACUUCGACAGGUGGUAGGAUGUUAUCAUCUAGCGUACCUUUGACAGGAACGAUGGCCAUGCUCAUGCCUAAGAAAAAGAGACGACCUUCGAAAGAUGUACUAGGGGAAGGGCAAAGAAGAGGUAGAGAAGAUGCGACGGAAGAUAGACCUAGGAAAGCCUCUACGUCAGGUAAUAACAUGAGGUCUAAAUCGAAAGAUCGAGAUAAACAAGAUCGUAAUGCUAAAUUGAAAGAUGGAGAAAGAGUAGAACAAGAUUCCAAAUUCAGAGAUGGGGAGAAAGUGGAGGAUGACAAAAACAAGAAGGAAAAAAUCGGUUUCUUUAGAAAAGGAAUAAUGGCAAGUAUAAAAUCAUCUUCUUUCGUAACUUCUUUCGAAGAGCGUAAAAUUCAAAAAGAAGAGAAAGAAAGGGAAAGGGAGAAAGAAAAGAUGCAAUCUCAAUCUUGGGGAGGUUAUACUGUUCAUCAUACUCCUACGUCAAAUUGGUCAAGUAAACAAAACCAAGUUGAUCUUUCUAGACAACCUACCAAUAUUCCGAAAAUGGGUAUGGAACUCGACCCGAAUCAUCCGUUCGCUCCUAGUCUUCCCAAAUCGACUGGUAUCCGGCAAUCACCAAAAACGACACUUUCGAAUCUUCCUAAUUCCACUGAUUCUAGACAAUCAAAAAUGACACAGGAUCAGGUGGAUGGUCGGCGUUUGAUCAGAGCUAGGAGUAGACCACCAUUACGGGUUGGAGGGCAAACUACAUCCAACGUAGUGUCGACUAUUGUCGGCGUUGCACAAGUGGGUCAAGUUGGACUAAUAGGACAUCUUGGAUCAGGAGCACAAACACAACAACUUGGAGUUUCAGCUUCAAAAGGUCCAGAAAGAGCUUUCAGUUCAUCCGCCAUUUCAGCCAGUACGUUCAGCUCCAGCAAUACAGAAGAUCGCCAUCCCGGAAGUCUUGGUACGACAGUGGAAGAAGAAAGACAAAGUACUUUACAUACUUCUGAUAACGAAUCUGGAUAUAGAGAAGGGAAAGGAUGGAAAGGUGUACCUGAAGAUGCUGUGGCGAUGAUUAUUCCUAUCGAGGAGACUCCUACUGUUUCUCCCACUUCCGAAGGAUUGGUCACAGAUACGACAACUUCGGCCUUUGGAAUUUCUGUCAAUCCUCUUCAUGAAGAUGAUAGACCUGCUCUUUCCUCCAUGACUUCGACAAUCUCGAACAAUAUACUCCUUGACAAUGGUCCUGACAUACCUCUUCCUCCCAGUACCUUCAACUCUACUCCCAAGAUACCUUUACCUCUCAAGACUGAAAAACAUACCAAACAAGCUUUAUUGGUAUGGUAUGUCCCCUUCAACUCUACCGACGAUGUACCUCCUCCAUCACACCCUAUUCCUCAAUCUUCUCCCAGUCUUCCUUCUACACCCCGAAUGACAGAACCGACUCAACUUUCCUCUUUACCUAAAUUCCAAAAACUGUUAAGAAGGCGAACUAGUAAAGAUCAAUUCCGACAUUCUUCAGCCCCGACUCCUUCCAACAUUUUCACUUCCACACCUUCUAAACCGAAACAAAAUAUGGAAAAAGAUAGAUAUCUACCUCGAUCAGAUUCUGAAUCAUCAAUAAAACAACUCCAACCUCUUCCAUUCAGAUCAUUCAGGAUAGUAGCGAGAGUUGUCGAUUUGGUAGAUUUAAAUUCUGAACCUAUCAAAUCUGAAUCAACAGAUCUUUUCAUUGAAUCAAACGAUAUUCAUCAACUAAAGUCAUCAAGGAGCCCGGAAAAGGAUCUUGUGAAAGAAACAUAUGAAGGAGGAAUGAAUAUUGGAUCUGAUGGAGAUGAAAGGAUAAAUGCAAUAACAGCAGGAAGAAGUUUCCCAACUGUCAUAGCUGUUUGUCAUUCUAGAUCUCAAGGAGUCGAAUUCGUUUUGGAAGGUUUGGAUAGAUUGGGGUUUUGUAAUGGUGAAAGUGCCUGGGGACCUACUGGUUAUGAAGAAUGGAGAGGAAGUGGUUUGAGUGAAAAGGGAAGAGAAUUGGUGGACGUUUUAUGGGCUGGAUGUACGGGUCUUAUGGGUUUGAUGGGUGUUUGA